AGAAAGCUCAAGGUCAACACAUAAUCAGCGGCGAAGACGGAGAUAACAAAGCCCCAUCCUUGAACCUCUGCACAAAGCUUGGACCAAUUCAUUCUCUCUCUUAGCUAAUCGCCAGUAGAGAGAGGAGGCCACAGACGCUGGUCUAGCUCAUAAUCUACAUUGCUUCUUAUAUAUGUCUUAGAGUCUAGCAAGUAGCCAUUGACACUUUUGUUUUUCAUCUCUAUCACUUGUCCGAUCUUUUCCCCCUUACUGAUCUCGUCCGCCUCGAUCUCUUCGUGAGAAAUUUUGAAGCUGGAAAGCUGAAUGAGAAGCUUCUGAAUCUCUUAGUAGCAAGUGGAAAAAAUACAAUUUUUCAGUUAUACUGCCACUUAGUAUGCAGCAUGUUCUCACCCCAUUCCUUUUUUUACCAGAUGUUCUGAGAAAUUCUAAGAAAUAACUGUGUGCGCCCAGUCAAUUAUUGUGUCAUACAGCAGCUGCUUUUUGGAGGCAAUACUAAAUACUGGAUUUGAGUUAUUUGUUCUUAGUUCUUAUAGUUCAGGAAGAUGUCUGUAGUUAAUUUCGAGGACAGUGAUGUUGAUAUUGUAAUAGCGGCACUCAACUCAGACCUGACAUCAUUCAUGAAUGACUGGAGACCGAUAUUUUCUCGAUUCCAUCUGAUAAUUGUUAAAGACCCUGGUCUCAAUGAGGAACUCAAAAUACCAGAAGGUUUUAAUGUAGAUGUCUAUACUAAAUUUCAUAUGGAUCGUGCAGUGGGCUCUUCCACUUCUGUUCUCUUCUCUGGGUAUUCAUGCAGAUAUUUUGGCUUCCUCAUAUCUCGUAAAAAGUACAUUGUUUCAAUUGAUGAUGACUGUGUCCCAGCCAAGGAUGAAAAAGGUUUCUUAAUAGAUGCUGUAGACCAGCAUAUCAAGAACCUGACAACUCCAGCUACUCCUUUCUUCUUUAAUACACUCUAUGACCCUUAUCGCGAAGGAGCUGAUUUUGUUCGGGGAUACCCAUUUAGCCUUCGCAAUGGGGUUACAUGUGCUUUGUCAUGUGGACUGUGGCUUAAUUUAGCCGACCUUGAUGCACCUACACAAGCCCUGAAGCCAGGACAGAGGAAUUCUCGAUAUGUUGAUGCAGUGAUGACUGUUCCAGCAAGGACCAUGAUGCCCAUCAGUGGAAUCAACAUCGCUUUUGAUCGUGAAAUGGUGGGCCCUGCUUUGUUACCGGCUCUGAGGUUAGCUGGGGAAGGAAAGUUGAGGUGGGAAACCAUGGAAGAUAUAUGGAGUGGGAUGUGUGUUAAGGUUGUAUGUGAUCACCUUGGCCUUGGUGUGAAAAGUGGGCUGCCUUAUGUAUGGAGAAAAGAUAGAGGUAACGCCAUUGAGAGCUUGAAAAAAGAGUGGGAAGGGGUGAAGCUAAUGGAGGAAGUAGUCCCUUUCUUCCAGUCAGUGAGGUUGCCACCAACAGCCGCCACACCAGAAGAUUGUGUAGUUCAGAUUGCAACGGCGGUUAAGCAACAGCUGGGGCCAUUGGAUCCUGUUUUUUCUGGUGCUGCCGAUGCCAUGUCGGACUGGGUCAAGCUUUGGAAGGCCAUUGGCUCCGGUUCCUCUCCAGUGUAGGAGUUAGUUUUGAAUUUGUUCUCUUCUAAGCUUUCAAAUCAUUCCAUUUUCCUGCAUUUAAUUUUAGAGCUCGUAUUGAUGACUAACUUGUACCCUAUAAUAUACCAUGAGACGUUGGGGCUGGAAUAAAAGAUGUUAUGCUUCAUCUUCA